AUGCGCGCCUUCGCCCUCGCUCUGCUCUCGCUGGCCACUGUCGCCGUGGCCCAGAACUGCGGCCCCAAAUACAGCAACGCCGUCUGCGCUGCCGGAAAAUGCUGUAGCCAAUACGGCUGGUGCGACACAGGCGCCGCCUACUGCGACCCCAAGACCUGCCUGAAGGCCUUCUCAGGCAAAGGCUCCUCCUGCGCCACCGGCACCACCACCACCCUCAAGACCUCCGCUAAGGCCUCCUCCACCUCUGCCCCCUACGCCUCCAAAAUCCCCGUCAUCGACGUUUGCGGCCACGCUCAGGGUGGCGUAUCCUGUCCUGGCGCCGGACUCGGCGGGUACUUCUACCGCUGCUGCUCGUCGGCUGGCCACUGCGGGCCCAAGAACGAUAUCCAGGACCAGAAUCUGUACUGUGGAACGGGAUGCCAGGCCGGGUUUGGAAAGUGCGAUUCUGAGAACAAGCCUGCGAAGCCGACGGGUGUGCCGGGUGUUUCGGGCGAGGGUGAGACCUGUGGGCCGAUCGUGAACAAGAAGUGUGGCAGUGGGCUGUGCUGCUCUGGUAGCAACUUCUGCGGAAAGGGAACGGAUUUCUGUGGCGCGGCGAACUGGUGCCAAAAGAGCUGGGGACAGUGCUCGUAG